AUGGAUGACUUCUUGGAUGGACAUUUAAGAUUGAGUUCCGCGGAUGAUGUCAUGAUUCGACUGCGUAACGGGCCGGUAGAGGGCGCAUAUGGGCCGCAGCAUAGCCCUGUGUCCCGUUCGGACGCCUCCACCGAAGACGCGGAACUAUCAGCUGCUCUCGCUCAUCAGCACCAUCUGGCUAUGCAGGCGGGUGAUUACCCCGUCGGUGGCGGUGUGGAGCCGGACUAUGGCCAGUAUGUGUCAUCACCAGCGGCUCAUUACAACCACAUGGGACACCUCACUAUGGCUCCAUCACAGAAAUAUCCUCAUGUGAUGGAAGCCGUGUCUGUAAGUAGCGGCUACGCAGGCGGAGUAGGGGCGGGUCACUAUGGCACGUACGCUCACUACGGCGCCGCGUACCCAACACAGCCCGCUUACUUAGUCGAACCUCAAGUACCCGCAUAUAUGGCACAGGAAUUUGUAGAGGGCGGUGGCAGCGCAUCACCUCGCAGUGCUUCACCCGGGGCAAUACCUCCGCAACACAAUAUGCAUCUGCAACAGAGGUACGACUCGGCGUCCCUGGAACAAUUAGGUCGACACUACUGUGUUACGUCACCGCGCGGUGAAUAUGCUCCCGAUGCGUACGGCUAUCAGCACUACUCCGCAGCAUACGACACUACACACCAGCCUACUGCGUUUAAGGAUUCACAAAACGGCUUGAGCUUAGGCAGUACCGGAGGGCAGUCUAUGUAUGGCGAUGAAGAGGAACUUCAGAAGCAAAUGGCUAAUAUGGCGUUAGUUCACGGUAGUGUAGGCGUGGGUGGUCGGGAGGAAGGCGGAGGUCUUCAAUGGCGUGACCCCAACCUGCCAGAGGUCAUAGGUUUCCUUAACUCGCCGUCAGAUGUCGUGAAAGCAAACGCCGCCGCUUACUUACAACACCUCACGUAUAUGGAUGACCCUAACAAACAGAAAACUAGAAGCUUAGGCGGAAUUCCACCUCUAGUACGUCUCAUAUCUCACGAGAAUAUGGAUGUAUGUCGUAACGCCUGCGGUGCCCUACGGAACUUAUCAUACGGGCGGCAGAAUGAUGAAAAUAAGAGGGCAAUAAGAGACGCGGGGGGAAUCCCCGCACUUAUGGCGCUACUUGUACGAGUCUCUGAUUUGGAAAUCAAGGAGUUGGUGACCGGCGUCAUAUGGAACAUGUCAUCGUGCGAGGAUCUAAAACAAUCCAUAAUAGAUGACGCUGCGCAAGUUAUUUUCAACAAAGUCAUCAUACAUCAUUCUGGCUGGCAUCCCACGAACCCGGGAGACACGUAUUGGUCUAAUGUGUUCCGUAACGCGUCGGGCGUUCUCCGUAACGCAUCAUCAGCGGGUGAGUACGCGCGUCGCCGGCUCCGCUCGUUAGCUGGUCUGGCGGAGGCGUUACUACACACGGUGAGGGUGGCGCUGGUCAAGAACGCUAUAGGGACGAAGGUGGUCGAGAACUGUGUGUGUGUACUGAGGAAUCUGUCGUACAGGUGUCAAGAAAUAGAAGACCCACUGUACGACACUCGAGCGCCUCCCACACAAUCAUCUGGACAGGCGAGGAUUCAAGCUAGCGCGUCGAAAGGUGAAAAUCUUGGAUGUUUUGGUGGAAGUAAAAAGAAAAAAGAGGGUUCGUCUUCAAAUUCCACGAGUCCGCUUGGCAAGAGUGAUCCUGAACCACAAACAGACACCAACACGACGCAGCUAGGGUACAGUGUACCGAAGGGAACGGAGAUGUUGUGGUCACCUGAGGUGGUUCCUCUAUACAUGGCAUUACUCCAAACAUGUUCCAACCCCGAGACUUUAGAAGCGGCCGCCGGCGCCCUACAAAAUCUAGCCGCAUGUUACUGGCAACCCUCUAUAGAUAUACGAGCGGCUGUUAGGAAAGAAAAAGGGUUACCAAUUCUCGUAGAGCUGUUACGUAUGGAGGUUGAUAGGGUGGUGUGUGCCGUUGCUACAGCCCUACGUAACCUGGCCAUCGAUCAACGCAACAAGGAACUCAUAGGAAAAUACGCCAUGCGUGAUUUAGUACAGAAAUUACCCAGCGGUAAUCAACAACACGAUCAGGGUACAUCAGACGAUACUAUAGCAGCUGUUCUGGCUACACUAAACGAAGUUAUAAAGAAGAGCGCUGAGUUCUCACGUUCCUUGUUAGAAGCCGGCGGGGUCGAGCGACUGUUGAAUCUGACAAAACAACGACACCGUCAUACACCUAGAGUACUCAAGUUUGCUGGCCAAGUCCUAAUGACGAUGUGGUCUCACGCGGAGCUGCGUGAGGUGUACCGUAAGCACGGGUGGCGCGAGGCUGACUUCCUCACGCCGGCCAGGGCGGCUCAACCGCGGGCUGCUUCUAAUACUAGCGGUGGCACGCCGGGCGCGCCUCACUCGCCGAGUGCCGCAAACAGCACGCUCAGUCGACCGAUGGCGUCCACCGGCGGCACUCGCUACGAAGACCGCACCAUACGACGGCAUAGGGAGAACGAUGACAUGCCACCCAUGGAUGUGAAUUACGUCGAUGGUCUUGGUAUGGGGAAUCCUAACGGCCGUCCCAUGAAUCUACAGGGGGUACAAGCCCAAAUGCCCCCACCAGGCAGCCGUUAA